AUGUUGUUUAUGAAAAGCUAUUUGUGCUAUUGUUCCGUGCGUCUGGGCGUACUGAUUGUGGCUGCCUUGGCCAUUAUGCUGUCCCUAACAUUGAGCACACUCCUCUUUGUGCGGGGCGUGCGCUUGUUCGACGAACUUAUCGAUUUGCUGGAGAAUGAUUCACAGUAUAAGAGCAGCAAUAUUAUACGCCGACUCAUCAACUGGAUAGAGCAGUCACCCGAUAAUGUGCUGAUAUUCCUGCAGAUCAUGUGCUACGCUCACAUUGCAGCUGCCAUUCUGGGCAUGGUCGGCGCCUUGAGGCUGCACAAAUGGCUGUUGCUGCCGUUGGCCUUGUUCGAGCUCAUCUACUUUCUGGGCAUAACAAUAAGCCACAUUGUGAUGAUGAUUAUGCUGAAGAAGCAAAUCAAUUUGGGCCUGCUAAUUGUGCUCACCCUGGUGGGCAGCUUCUAUUGUCUUUUCGCGGGCUACAACUGUGUCACCUGCCUGGCCAUGUACCAGAUCAUAAACCUGGUGCGGAGCAGCAAGUAUCGGCAGCUUUAUGGCGAGGAUCCCUUUCAGCCCAUACCGUUGCGGCGUGCGCAGGGCGAGAUACAGCAGCUGCGCCUGCUGCACACACCCGAGGACACGGACAUUGACGAGCAGAAGCGUCUGGCCAAGCUGGGCCUCUGGCCCGUGCGCCGCCAGCCUCAGGUAAUCUCAGUUAUUCCGGUGCAGGCUGUUCCGGCUGUCAGCAUGAAGUGGUGGCAGCAACAGGCCCUCGACAAGGACGAGCAGCAGCUCCAGGACUCGGCUGUCUAUCGCAACUGGCAGCGCGAUGAGCUGCUGCGGGGCGUCGGCGGGGAUGUGGAGCGCAAAAAUGCAAUCAAUCGACGCUACGCGGCGGAACAACAUUUUCAUUGGCGCUAA